GUUGCAGAGAUGCCCUUUGAAGAGUUUAUUAAGCAAUAUGCUUCAGCUCGGAGUUUCUUUCUGAAUACUUGAACACACGCUGAUGAGGUUUAACCAAUCAGCGCUUAGGUUCGGCGAUCGCGAGCUCAUCUGAUCUGUUGAAUGACAGGUCAUCCGUACAGAACGAGUAACUCGCUCUAAACUCAGCAUGGCUACUGAAGAGGCCCAGAACACACUCACAGGGGCUCUGAAAGAACUGAUCGGAUUUGGCAGAACAUCGUUGGAAAAUGUAGAAAAGGACAUCGCCAAAGGUGGUUCUUUGCAAGAAAUUGUCGAUAAGAAAAUUCGUCCUUUAUUCGGUCUGAUGUCAGCAGGUGCCAAGUUCUUUAACAGUCUGGGUGUGAAAAACCAAAAGGAAGCAGAAAGUUUAUGGGAACAGUUCUUUCAAAACACUGAGGUUCGAGACAAUGUUGAGGGCUUACUGCAACUGGAAGUGGAGUGGGAUAGUUUUUUGAGACGUCUGGAUGUUCAGAUGCAAAUGAGCGACACAGUUCUUUCCCAGUGCCCUGCAGUCCAGACGCUCAGCUCAGAUACACGGUUUAUACACGUUCAGACUAAAGAGAAUGUGUCUCUGGGUCAGUACUUGGGGAAGGGAGAGAAUCUCCUCCUUGUGUUGCUCCGGCAUUUUGGAUGACAGCCAUGACGAGACCACCUGACUGAGCUGAAGGACAGCAAGAAGCUUCUGGAAGCCCAGUCAUUGCGGGUGCUGGUGGUCUCGUAUGGUUCUCUUGAAGGGGCAACGUUCUGGCUUGAUCAGACAGGCUAUGAAUUUGACAUGCUGUUGGAUGCAGAGAGAGUGGUGUAUCAAGCGUUCGGUCUGGGUUCAUCCAUCAGCAAGGUGAUGAAGUUUAAGUUAAUGCUCCACUACUCUGAAAUUCUGGUGAUGAACCGACAGUUACCCGAUGUGCCACCUCAGUUCAUCGAUGAUCUUUUUCAGAUGGGUGGCGAUUUUGUGCUGGACCAGGGUGGUAAAGCGAUAUUUUCCUACCAGUGUAAAAGCCCUGUGGACAGACCAUCAGUUCCACAGAUUCUGGCUGCCGUCUCUGCUCAUUCUUAGCAUUCCUGGAGAAAAAGGUCUUUUAUGUUUUGUCUUUCUAGCAUGUUAAACUGCUUGACUUGCUUCCUUGCCAUCCUGAUAAGAAGUUCCAGUUCCUGAAAAGUUAUACUCGUUCAUGUUCAUGCCAGACGCCAUUUAGAACGAUGGCCAAAAUAAAGUUUGUAAAAUUAGCCAUUCCAGACCCUCAAUUUGGCAUGGAAGGAGGUCUGUUCUUUUCCAAUGCACAUUUUGGCCUGAAUGUGUGAUUUUACUUAUCUGUAAAAUGUAAAAAUGAGAAGCUACUGUAUUACUGUGAGACUCAUACUAAAGGAAAUAUGAAACGGAUAUCAUCUCAGGGUAUUUAGGACACUAACUCCAUUAGUCUAUAGUAAACAAUAUGUGUGAAGACACUGUCACUGAUUCCAGGCCUUUAAUGUGUUGCUUUAGGUUGGCUCCACAGAUAGACAGCUCCCCCAGAGGUUGUAUGGAUGAAGAUCUGACUCAAACUCAUACACUUAUGAAGAGUCAUUUCUGAUGGACAUUUACACCCUCUGGUCAUCACAGCUUCUCAGCUGUUGAGUUACAGUAGCACAGACCUGUCUGACCUCUAUUUCACUCAAUAACCUGUGUCUUAAUUAAAUUAACCCAGAUUAUUAACUUAAUUUUUUUUACAUACAUUUUUUAAAUACAUUUUACAAUUAUACAAGACAUAUGAAAUGAAAGAAUCGUAUUAAGCUGUUUAACUAUACUAUUUACUGUGAAUGUUAAAUGUUUACAAAAAUAAAAAUAAAAUAUAUAUAGGUUGGAAUUUCUUUGAUUAUUGAAAUCCACAUUAAGUAAAGAGAUGCAUGUCGGCCAGAAUGAGAAUGGAGAUUUAUCCACCUUUCAGCAUAGCUCAAGAGUCCUAUUUCACUGUUAACCUGCUUCAGUAGUUGCCAAGUGAUUCAAGCUUUGAAAACAAAUACUUUAAAGGGUUGAAACAACAAGCUGUGAUUCUAAAGAAUUUUCGAACAAUAAAGAACAAAACAAAAACAAAUUUCUUCUACGGUUUUGAACACACGUCUAAAACAGCACUAAUGUCAUGUCAGAACCAAGGCAAAAGUAGACCACCCUUGGAAUAAUACAAACAUUAAACAUCAAAAAGAUUAAAUAAUUUAUUAUAUUUUAGUAUGUUUUCAUAUGUCCAUGAUCUUCAAACCUUUGUUAUUACAAAUAUUUCCAGUACUGGCUUUAAGAUCUCAUGAAUAUCUAAGUUUUGUGAAUUUUAGUCUAUUACCUUUAAAGCCAUCUACAGUAUAGGCUGUUGUAUUUUUUGUAAAGUUUGUUA